UCGCGUGGGGCGGGGCUGCACAUGGCCAGCAAGUUCGGGCUCGCCGGCGGGAUCCCGGAGCGCCGGGUGCGGCCGAUCUGGGACGCCGUUGACUCGCGCCAGUUCAAGGCCGCGCUCAAGCUCUGCACCGCGCUCCUCGCCAAGCACCCCACCUCCCCCUACGUCCUCGCCCUCAAGGCUCUUACUUUGGAAAGGAUGGGAAAGGCUGAUGAAGCACUGAGUGUCUGUUUGAAUGCCAAGGAGCUAUUGUACUCAAAUAACAUUUUCCAUUUUGACGAUCUCACUCUCAGUACACUACAGAUAGUGUUUCAAAGGCUUGAGAGAUUGGAUCUUGCAACUUCAUGCUAUGAGUAUGCUUGUACAAAAUACUCUAAUAACUUGGAAUUAAUGAUGGGACUCUUUAAUUGCUAUGUCAGAGAGUACUCAUAUGUGAAGCAACAACAGACAGCAAUUCGAAUGUACAAAACUGUAGGAGAAGAAAGGUUUUUGCUUUGGUCAGUUUGCAGUAUUCUUCUGCAGGCAUAUUUUAGUACCGGAGGUGAGAAAUUAUUAGCACUGGCUGAAGCUUUGCUUAAAAAGCACAUAAGUUCACAUAGUUUACAUGAGCCAGAAGCGCUCGCUCUCUAUAUCUCAAUUCUGGAACAACAGGCAAAGUAUGAUGCUGCUUUAGAAAUUCUUUCUGGAGAUUUGGGGUCUCUUAUGGGAAGGGAGGAGGACAAGCUUCGUACGCAGGGACGACUUCUUACUCAAGCAUGUAACUAUGUGGCUGCUUCUGAGAUAUAUCAGAAGGUUCUUGAAUCCUGUCCUGAUGACUGGGAGUCCUUUCUCCAUUAUUUAGGCUGUUUGCUUGAGCGCGAUGUGAACUUGCCUAAGCCAGCCACUGGCGAACAUACUUGCUCCUCUUGCUCAGUAGGUUCGGCUAUGUUGAACAAGACCUCUCUUAGUGAGGAGCUGGUCGAUUCUCGCCUUGCAAAUGCAUUAUCAUUUGUGCAAAAGCUACAAGAAAGUGAUUCUGGUGACUUUGUCAGAGGACCUCACUUAGCCAUUAUUGAAAUUGAACGGCAACACCGCCUCAAUGGUAAAACAAACGAUAGAAAGUUUAUGGAAGCUUUGGUGAACUAUUUCCACAGAUUCGGUCACUUGUCUUGCUCAUCAUCAGAUGUUGAAAUAUAUUAUCUUCACAUGCUAUCGAAUGAUGAAAUAACCGAGUUGUUAGAUACUGUAUCCAGAUCAUUUGAUGCGUCAUCUGUUUCAGUAAAAGCACUGGGUUUGACAAUAACUACUUUCAAGGUUCAAGAACUUUUGGGAACAUUUUUAUCAAAGUCAACUGCAGAUCUUCAGCGCACUGCAAGAGGAAUGUUCGAGACAUUUUACAAAAACUUGCCUCUCUCAAGAGACCUGGAUCCUCAGGAAAGCAUGCAUGGUGAAGAACUGCUUUCUAUGGCUAGCAGUAUUCUUGUGCAGCUAUUCUGGCGUACAAGGAACUUAGGAUACUUACUGGAAGCAAUUUUGGUGCUAGAGUUUGGAUUGACUGUUCGCAAGCAUGUCUGGCAAUACAAGAUUACUCUGGUGCAUCUGUACACUUACCUGGGAGCUCUUCCAUUAGCACAUCAAUGGUACGCAAGCCUGGAGGUCAAAAACAUUCUUCUGGAGUCUGUUUCACACCACAUCUUGCCACAGAUGUUGAUGUCUCCUUUCUUGCAACAAACAGCCAGUCUUGUUAAGGAUUAUCUCAAGUUCAUGGAUGAUCAUUUGAAAGAAUCUGCUGACCUUACCUGUCUUGCAUAUAGGCACCGUACUUACUCAAAGGUAAUUGAAUUUGUUCAGUUCAAAGACCGCUUGCAACGUUCCAUGCAGUAUCUUGCUGUAAAAUCUGAUUCUGUAAUACUGAGUCUGAAGCAGAAUUCUGAGUCUCUUGAGAAAGUGGAGUCUGUUCUUGAAAAUGUGAAUCAUGGAGAAGGCUUGGUUGAAUUAUCAAAUGAAGAUAACAUGAAACAUUUAACUUUUAAUGAAGAUCUCGAGGCACGCCCUUGGUGGACACCAACUAGCAGUGUAAAUUUUCUUUCAGAACCAGUUGAUGAAGAUUCAACACCUGCGUGCUUUAGGGCCAAAGUGUGCAAGCACAAAUCUACCGAGAAGGAUGGCCCUAAGAUGAGAGAUACUGAGAGAAAAUCUCUUGUUCCCCGGCUUGUUUAUCUUUCCAUGCAUGGUUGUGUAUCUUCUCUCAGGGAAACUGAGCCCAACGGGGCUGUUUCUGAUAUUACUGUUGGGGAAAUGAGAACCUUACUUGAGAAAUAUACUAGGAGUAUUGGAUAUUCCAUGGAUGAUGCUCUAAGCAUGAUUCUUGGUAUGUCUUCAGGCAAGAAGUCUAUCAAGGAUUUUGCUCCUGACAUUGUCAGCUGGAUGAGCUUUGCUGUAUUUAUUAAUGCAAUGAACUUGUGGUCAAAUGAGUCGGUGAUCCCCAGAACUGACGAGAGCAGCCCUACUUCUUGGCAGAUCGUGGAUAACUUGGUGAAAGUUUGCAUAGAGGAGCACCUAACUGAUGCCAAUCGAAUCCUGACUUGUCCUGGAAAUAACAUUCCACUUUUAGUGCAGAUGGUUACAGAACCCAUUUCUUGGCAUAUUAUCAUAAUACAGUCCUGCAUAAGAGCAAUUGCCCCACAAGGAAAGAAGAAAAAGAAAGGUGGUCCAUCGCUACGACCAAACACACCUCAGUUGCAAGGAAUUCAAAGAUCUGUUCAAUGCUUGAUUGACACACUCCGAAGUGUACAAACAUGGUUAUCUGAUCAGAUGAGUCCGGAGGAGCAUGCUUUAGAUAUCUUGUUGUCGCAUUUGCAAGGAACUAGUGAUGGUCCAGGACAGACAUUCCUUGUCCUGGAAGAGAAUCCAGCAGCACAUGCCUCUGAGCUUGGUGAUCUGAUUUCCAAGUCACUGGAAACAUGGAGUUCUACUGGUGUGGUACGGAGAAUUGUGGGAGCAGAACAUGAGCUGCUAGCUGAGUUCAAGAAAAUGGUUGACUCGAAACUAAAGCGGCUCGUGUCAGAAUUGGCUUCUUUAUCUUCAGUGUUACACUAGAUUUGAUAAAUUUUGCACAUGAAUUUUGCUCUAUUCUUGUUGUGGCUUUUGAUUAUAUAUGUUGUAACAGUAUAGUGGAAUAGCUGUGCGCUGUUGUUGGUUGAAUUGCUUCAAUUCGAUUUUGAGAGAACAUCUCUAUUUCCCUUU